CGGCGGCUUCUGUCCCGGGCGGGACGAGGCCGCGCGUGCCCGAGCGAGCGGCCGUGACGUGCGGCGUGCUACGCCAGACGUCACGAUCCGUGUGUAGUGGCGGCGGGGCUAUCCUUGGCCGCGGAGCUUGGCGAAGGCGGUGUGGCCGCGGCGUGAGGCGUCUGGGGGUCGCGCGGCCAGCAGCGGAGAAGGCGAGGACAAGUACCCGGACGUCCCGCGUCCCGGCCGCGGAGUUGGCGCUCCCACCCCUUCUGCUUUCGGCGGCGCCGGCCCUCGGCUUCCUCCUUUCCUGCCCAGCUCCCCGCGGGCCUCCGGGCUGCUGUGGCGAGAGGCGCCGGGGGCAGCACGGGCUCCAUGUGAAGGAGGGCCGGGGCCUGGCCCCGCGGCCCGCGCCCGGCUGUCGCACGCCCCUCCGGCCCCCGGGUAGGCUCCGGGACCCCGGGCGGCGGUGACAGGCCGCGCGGGGGCGGAGGGGCGGGCCUGGCUACGGGCGCCCCUCCCCGGCCUGCGGCUCGCGACGUCCCCACGGAGUGGUCGGUGAUAAAGAAUGCUGACAGAACCGUUUUUUUAAUUGCCAGUUGUCAAGUUGGUUGCCAUGAUGGAUGAUCAGCAGGCUUUGAACUCAAUCAUGCAAGAUCUGGCUGUCCUUCAUAAGGCCAGUAGACCAGCAUUAUCCUUACAGGAAGUGAGAAAAGCAAAAUCAUCAUCACCAAAAAAACAGAAUGAUGUCCGUGUCAAAUUUGAACAUAGAGGAGAAAAAAGAAUCCUUCAAUUCCCCAGACCAGUUAAACUGGAAGAUCUGAAGUCUAAAGCUAAAAUUGCCUUUGGACAGUCCAUGGAUCUACAUUACACCAAUAAUGAGUUGGUGAUUCCAUUAACUACACAAGAUGACUUGGACAGAGCUGUCGAACUCUUGGAUCGUAGUAUUCAUAUGAAGAGCCUGAAGAUAUUACUUGUAAUAAAUGGAAGUACACAGGCUACUAACUUAGAGCCAUUGCCAUCACUAGAAGAUUUGGAUAACACAGUAUUUGGAGGCGAGAGGAAAAAACGACUUUCCAUGAUAGGACCCCCUAAUAGAGAUAGGAGUUCCCCUCCCCCGGGAUACAUUCCAGAUGAACUGCACCAGGUUGCCCGGAAUGGAUCGUUCACUAGCAUCAACAGUGAAGGGGAGUUCAUUCCAGAGAGCAUGGAUCAGAUGCUGGAUCCAUUAUCUUUAAGCAGCCCUGAAAAUUCUGGCUCAGGAAGUUGUCCAUCACUUGAUAGUCCUUUGGAUGGAGAGACCUAUCCAAAAUCACGAAUGCCUAGGGCACAGAGCUACCCAGAUAAUCAUCAAGAGUUUUCAGACUAUGAUAACCCUAUCUUUGAGAAAUUUGGAAAAGGAGGAACAUACCCGAGAAGGUAUCAUGUUUCAUAUCAUCACCAAGAGUAUAAUGAUGGUCGUAAAACUUUUCCAAGAGCUAGAAGGACCCAGGGGACCAGCUUUCGGUCUCCUGUAAAUUUUAGUCCCACCGACCACUCCUUAAGCACUAGUAGUGGGAGCAGCAUCUUCACCCCAGAAUAUGACGAAAGUCGAAUCCGGAGGAGGGGAAGCGACAUAGACAAUCCUACUCUGACUGUGAUGGAUAUCAGCCCGCCCAGCCGGUCACCUCGUGCUCCAACCAACUGGAGACUGGGCAAACUGCUUGGCCAAGGAGCCUUCGGCAGGGUCUACCUCUGUUAUGAUGUUGAUACAGGAAGAGAAUUGGCUGUUAAACAAGUCCAGUUUGAUCCUGAUAGCCCUGAGACCAGCAAGGAGGUGAAUGCACUUGAGUGUGAAAUCCAGUUGUUGAAAAACUUAUUGCAUGAGCGAAUUGUUCAGUAUUAUGGCUGUUUGAGGGAUCCCCAAGAAAAAACACUUUCUAUAUUUAUGGAAUAUAUGCCAGGGGGCUCAAUUAAGGACCAAUUAAAAGCAUAUGGAGCUCUCACUGAGAAUGUGACUAGGAAAUACACACGUCAGAUUCUGGAGGGUGUCCAUUAUUUGCACAGUAAUAUGAUUGUCCAUAGAGAUAUCAAAGGUGCAAAUAUCCUGCGAGACUCAACAGGUAAUGUUAAACUGGGAGAUUUUGGCGCCAGCAAACGGCUUCAGACCAUCUGCCUCUCAGGAACAGGAAUGAAGUCCGUCACAGGGACACCAUACUGGAUGAGCCCGGAAGUCAUCAGUGGAGAAGGAUAUGGCAGAAAAGCAGAUAUCUGGUAGGUUUUGAUGUGAGAUUUGCCUGGGAACUGACCUGUCACCUUUAUGUAUGUCUA